AUGGUAGGGAACCUCUGUGAAAGUAAUGAAGACAUUCAGUGUGUACAGACCUUCAGCCAGAUUCCAAACCUUCCUGUGCUCAAAAUAACUGCUGUGGAAGCAUAUCCUGAAUGCCUUCAGCAUCAUGUUAGAUGUCACUCUGAAUGCAGUGCUUGUCAGUGUAAGGAAAGUGGAGAAGCCUGCAGUUGUCCCUCUUACCUCAGCACUCCUGUGAGAACUCUUACUGGAAAGAAACCCUAUGAAUGUAAGGAAUGUGGUAAAGCCUUUUGUCUUUCCCCACACCUCACUAGACAUAUGACAACCCACAGUGGAGAGAGGCCUUAUGAAUGUAAGGAAUGUGGGAAAGCCUCUCAUCAGUCGUCAUACCUCACUACACAUGUAAGAACUCACAGUGGAGAGAGGCCUUAUGAAUGUAAGGAAUGUGGCAAAGCCUUUAGUCAGUCCUCAAGUCUCACUACACAUAUAGGAACUCAUAGUGGAGAGAGGCCUUAUGAAUGUAAGGAAUGUGGCAAAGCCUUUAGUCACUCCUCAGACUUCACUACACAUAGAAGAACUCACAGUGGAGAGAGGCCUUAUGAAUGUAAGGAAUGUGGCAAAGCCUUUAGUUGGCCAUCACACCUCAGUACACAUAUAAGAACUCAUAGUGGAGAGAGGCCUUACAAAUGUAAGGAAUGUGGCAAAACCUUUAGUCACUCCUCAGACCUCACUGCACAUGUAAGAAGUCACAGUGGAGAGAGGCCUUAUGAGUGUAAGGAAUGUGGCAAAGCCUUUAGUUGGUCCUCAAGUUUUACCAAACGUGCACACAGUGGAGAGAGGCCUUAUGAAUGUAAGGAAUGUGGGAAAGCCUUUAGUUGGUCCUCAAACUUCACUAGACAUAUGCGUACUCACAGUGGAGAGAGGCCGUAUGAAUGUAAGGAAUGUGGCAAAACCUUUCGUCAGUGCUCACACCUUACUAGACAUGUGAGAACUCAUAGAGGAGAGCGGUCUUAUGAAUGUAAGGAAUGUGGGAAAGCCUUUUAUGUGUCCUCAAACCUCACUUUACACAUGAGAAUUCACAAUGGAGAGAGGCCUUAGGAAUGUAAGAAGUGUGGCAAAGCCUUUCGUCAGUGCUCACAUCUCACUGCACAUGUGAGGACUCACAAUGGAGAGAGGCCUUAUGAGUGUAAGGAAUGUGGGAGAGCCUUUAGUCAGUCGUCAAGCCUCACUACACAUAUUAGAAUGCACAGUGGAGAGAGGCCUUAUGAAUGUCAGGGAUGUGGCAAAGCCUUUCCUCAAUGCUCACACCUCACUGCACAUGUGAGAACUCACAGUGGAGAGAGACCUUACGUAAGGAAUGUGGGAAAGCCUUUAGUCAGUCUCCAGUUGUCUUAGGCUGGGUUCUCUAGAGAAGCAAAA